CAUGGAGGCAAGGGACUCAAUUUGCUGCACCAAGAUCCAGGCCAUCCACAAGCCAGGCCCGUGCGCACAGCCCCAGACUCUACCCCGAAGCUUUCGCCGGACAUCCACGAAAAGUACAGAUCGCAUUGAUGGGACGCAGAGCUUGCAGCUUUAAAAAUAAAACCAGGCCCAGCACGCGGCUCAACGUCUUCCCCCCACCACGCACAACAGAGCCUCGACUGCCGUGUCGCCAUCUCGACACGCAAUGAUCUUGUCUCUGUCCUCGAUACCUUAGCUACCCAACCAACGACAGGCAUCUGCGAGUCUCGACACAAGAGCGAACGCCGCACUCGGCCGAGCCGACCAUGGCGCCCUCGCCGCCGCCCCUGGUGGACAAUGUCCAAAUCCGGCACGCACAGCUGCUGAGGCCGCUGCCUCUGUACUCCCACGCAUACGUCUGGCCCUUUGCCAUCGCAUGGCCCAUCUUCCUACGCUUCUACCUCAGCACAGACCUGUACGACAAGUACAUCGGCGCCCCGGAGUGGACCUUCGUGUGGCUCGGCACCAUCAUCACCUUCCAGAGUCUGGCCUGGCUGAGCACCAAGUGGAGUGUCAACAUCAGGGCGCUCUUCACCGCGGCCAAAAGCAAGUCCGUCGAGGAUGCGCAGCUGAUCAAGCUGAUCCCCAUCUCUAAUGCCGGUGCCGCCGACAUUUGCAAGAUCGAACGCGACAAGGUUGGAGGCAAGAACAAUGUCUCGUUCCUCUUCCAAAAACGCCGGUUCCUCUAUGACCCCACCCAGAAGUGCUUCAAGACUCUCAACUACGACAUUGAUGCCGAGCCAAAGCCAAAGCUGGAAACCUUCCAGCUAUCAAAGGGCAUCACGACAGCUACCGAGUUGACUCGGAUCGAGCAGCAUUAUGGAACCAAUACUUUCGACAUCCCCGUCCCCUCCUUUACCGAGCUCUUCCAGGAGCACGCCGUCGCCCCCUUCUUUGUCUUCCAGAUCUUCUGCGUCGGCCUGUGGAUGCUGGAUGACUACUGGUACUACUCGCUCUUCACCCUGGUAAUGCUCGUGGCCUUCGAGAGCACCGUCGUCUGGCAGCGCCAGCGCACGCUCACCGAGUUCCGCGGCAUGAGCCUCAAGCCCUUUGACAUGUGGGUCUACCGGCUGGGCAAGUGGGGUGAGGUCCCGAGCGAUAGGCUUGUUCCGGGUGACCUGGUGUCGGUUUCGAGGACCAAGGACGACAGCGGUGUCGCUUGUGACAUGCUUCUUGUCGAGGGUACCGCCAUUGUCAACGAGGCUAUGCUCUCGGGGGAGAGCACGCCGCUGCUGAAGGAGUCGAUCCAGCUUCGCCCCGGCGACGCGGAGCUCGAGCCCGAAGGCCUGGACAAGAACUCGUUCCUUUGGGGCGGUACCAAGGUUCUGCAGAUCUCGCAUGGUACGGUCGAGGAGACAAGGCCUAAGAUUGCCUCGGGCGUUCCACGGCCGCCCGACGACGGAGCCAUGGCGAUCGUGACCAAGACGGGCUUCGAGACGUCUCAGGGAAGUCUUGUGCGGACCAUGAUCUACUCCACGGAGCGUGUCUCGGCCAACAACGCCGAGGCCUUGCUCUUCAUUCUCUUCCUUCUCGUCUUCGCGCUGGCUGCCUCCUGGUAUGUGUGGGACGAGGGUGUCCGCAAGGACCGCAAGCGUUCCAAGCUGCUUCUGGACUGCAUCCUCAUCGUCACCAGCGUUGUGCCACCCGAGCUUCCCAUGGAGCUCAGUCUCGCCGUCAACACCAGCUUGGCCGCCCUCGCCAAGUUUGCCAUCUUCUGCACCGAGCCCUUCCGCAUCCCCUUCGCCGGUCGUAUCGACAUUGCCUGCUUUGACAAGACGGGCACUCUGACGGGCGAGGAUCUCGUUGUUGAGGGCAUCGCUGGCCUCGGACUCGGCCACUCUGGCACUGACACUCCUCGCGAGUCCGACGGCGCCCAUAGCCACAUGACGCCUGUUAACGCCGCGGGUAUCGAGACGACCCUUGUCCUGGCUACCGCUCAUGCACUUGUGAAGCUUGACGAGGGUGACAUCGUGGGAGACCCUAUGGAGAAGGCGACGCUGACGGCUCUCGGCUGGGGUCUUGCAAAAAAUGACGCCCUCACACACAAGCCUACCGCCGCCGCCAACGGUGGCAUCACGGGCUCUGUCCAGAUCAAGCGCCGGUUCCAAUUCUCUUCUGCACUCAAGCGCCAGAGCUCCGUCGCCACGGUUCACGGCAAGGAUGCGACUGGGCGCAAGGUGCAGGGUACAUUUGUCGGUGUCAAGGGCGCGCCGGAAACCAUCAUGAAGAUGCUGGUAACGGUUCCCAAGGACUACGAGGAGACAUACAAAUACUUCACCCGCCGGGGCUCUCGUGUCCUGGCUCUGGCCUUCAAGCAACUUACUACGGACAGCGAACUGGGAGCAUCCAAGAUCAACGACCUCAAGCGGGAGUCUGUUGAGUCUGGCCUGACCUUUGCCGGAUUCCUGGUUUUGCACUGCCCGCUCAAGGAUGACGCCAAGCAAUCUGUCCAGAUGCUGAACGAGAGCAGCCACAGGGUUGUGAUGAUCACGGGCGACAACCCGCUCACGGCCGUUCACGUGGCCCGAGAGGUGGAGAUCGUGGACCGUGACGUGCUCAUCCUGGAUGCGCCUGAGCAUAACGAGGGCGGCAACGGCCUGGUCUGGCAUAGCGCUGACGACAAGAUCCACAUUGAUGCCGACCCGACAAAGCCCAUCGACACCAAGAUUCUCAAGGACAACGACAUCUGCGUCACGGGAUACGCCCUCGCCAAGUUUAAAGACCAGGCCGGCUUCAAGCAGCUGCUCCGGCACACGUGGGUCUACGCGCGCGUCUCGCCAAAGCAGAAGGAGGAGAUCCUGCUUGGGCUCAAGGACAUGGGUUACUACACGCUUAUGGCUGGCGAUGGCACCAACGACGUGGGCGCGCUGAAGCAGGCGCACAUCGGAGUUGCUCUGCUCAACGGAACCCCGCAGGAUCUGCAGCGCAUCGCCGAGUACUCGAGGAACGACAAGAUGAAGCAGAUGUACCAGAAGCAGAUCGAACUGAUGCAGCGCUUCAACCAGCCCACGCCCCCUGUCCCCGUCAUGAUCGCCCACCUGUACCCGCCUGGACCAACCAACCCGCACUACAUGAAGGCCAUGGAGCGCGAGGCGAAGAUGAAGAACGUACCGGUGGAGGAACUAGUCAAGGCCAGCGGACACCCAAUCGAGACGGUCACAUCGCCCGGCGCGCAAAGGCUUCUCAAGCAGGACCCCCGUCAGGCAAAGAUGGCCGAAAAGGCGGCCGGGCUCGCCGACAAGCUCACGGCUUCUAUGAUGGAGAGCGAGAUGGACGACGGCGAGCCGCCUUCGCUGAAGCUCGGAGACGCAUCGGUUGCCGCGCCCUUCACCAGCAAGCUCCGCAACGUCAUCGCGAUUCCCAACAUCAUCCGGCAGGGACGCUGCACCCUGGUGGCAACGAUUCAGAUGUACAAGAUCCUGGCGCUCAACUGUCUUAUCACGGCCUACAGUCUCAGCGUGUUGUACCUCGAAGGCAUCAAAUUUGGCGACGGACAGUACACCAUCAGCGGCAUGCUCAUGAGCGUCUGCUUCCUGUCCAUCUCGCGCGCUCGCUCCGUCGAGGGUUUGUCCAAGGAGCGGCCGCAGCCCAACAUCUUCAACUUUUACAUCAUCGGAUCCAUCCUCGGGCAGUUUGCCGUGCACAUUGCGACCCUGAUCUUCAUCGCCCGGUUUUGCGACAAGAUUGCACCGCGCUCCGAUAGCAUUGACCUCGAGGCUGAGUUCUCGCCGUCUCUGCUCAACAGUGCAGUUUACCUGCUGCAGCUCAUCCAGCAGAUCAGCACGUUUGCCAUCAACUACCAGGGCCGGCCCUUCCGCGAAUCCAUCUCGGAGAACCGCGGCAUGUACUGGGGAAUCAUUGGAGUCAGCGGCAUCGCCUUCUCGUGCUCUCUGGAGCUGAUCCCGGAGCUGAACGAGCAGAUGAAGCUGGUUCCCUUCACGGCCGAGUUCCGCCAGACGCUAACCACGGUCAUGGUGGUGGACUACGCCGCGUGCUGGAUCAUCGAGGUGGUGUUCAAAUACCUCUUUAGCGACCUCAAGGCGCGUGACAUUGCUGAGCGCAGGCCCGACCAGCUUGAGCGUGAGCGCGUCCGCAGGGAGGCGGAUCUCAAGAUCAAGAUGGAGGAAGAGGAGAAGAAGCGGCUGGAGCAGGUGGAGGAGUACGAGCGCAAGAUGGAGGCCAAGAAGAGGCAGCUGGCAGAGCGGUGGGGAGUCGAACUGCCCCCCGCAAACCAGGCUGCAGGUGGCCGGUAGGCCAGGUGGCUCGUCAUUAUUUUUCUGUUGUACUCAUCUCCAGACUUCAUGUUGCCGCACCCUAAAGCCACAGCCCCGGCCUCGCGGCCCAUAGCGCGGGUGGGUGGACCAGGGCAGCACCUCUCGACUCUUUUUUGUGACUGGUCUUCAUACAUAGACUAGACUAUCUGUUUUUGGUGAUUUCGUACUGGUUCACAGCAGCAAACUUGUAGAUAUCAGGUAGCAUGUCUUUGGUUGGUCGUGAAUGGCCCUCUAUAACAGCCUCGAGAUGUUUUUAUGUGCCUG